GUAUAACAUAUUGUUGUCUAUUUGAUUGUCUUGACAUGCAUUAAAGAUAGUAUAAGGUAAGAGUUUAUUCUAUUUUUAUCUUAUCAUAUCAUUUUUUAACUCUCAUAUUCUAAUCCUUUAUAUUAUCAUGAUUACCAAAUGGAACGUAAGUGUUGGGAUGAUUGUCUUUCAGGUUACAUUUGUUUACAUGGCAGACGGACCCCCAUCCCCAGAGACAGUGUGUUGCUGGGAUGUCUAUAGACUUGUUUCUUCAGAGGACCAAUUUCGGACUAUUGUUUCCAUGGACGCUAGUCGUGUCAAGAAACUAAAGAAGAAGCUGAUUUCAAGACGAGAUCAUUUGAGGCAAAGAGUUGAAGAGAUUAAUGGAAGAGAAAGGGUCAGUGAUGAAGUUUGGGAGUGGCUAAAAGACGUGGAGAAACUCCUACAAAAGGUGGAGGAUCUAGAAACAGACACAUUAACUCAUAGCAAUUGUUGUUUCCUUUGCACUGUGCCUAAGGUAAAGGUUCCUAAGUCUGCCAGAGAGAGGCGUAUGACAUGGUGGAAUUAUAACAAAAUGCUUAAGGAAAUGAAGUUGAAUGACGAGCGUAAAUUUGAGUCAAUUUUCACACCAAUUCCUAGUUUGGAGCACUUUGCUUCGAGAGAUUUUAUGUGUUUUGAGUCCACAAAAGAAGCUUCAGAUCAACUUUUGGAGGCACUGAAUGAUGGUAGUAGCUAUAUGAUUGGAUUGUAUGGGAAGCGAGGUUCGGGUAAAACAACAUUGGUGAAAGCAAUGGGAGUGAAAUCGAAGUAUUUAAGGAUUUUUGAUGUAGUUUUGUUUGCAACCGUUUCAAAAAAUCCAUAUGUUAGGAUGAUUCAAAAUGAAAUUGCUGAACCAUUGAAUCUAAGAUUUGAGAGAGAUGCUGAAGUAGGAAGAGCAAAAACAAUAUAUUCUACAUUGGAAAGUAUUGGUAAGGUUCUUGUGAUAUUGGAUGAUGUUAGGGAAAAGCUUGAACUAGAGAAUAUAGGUAUUAAUCCUUGUAAUGCUAAUAAGUGCAAGGUACUUUUGACCACACGUCAUAGACAAGAAUGUGCCUUGAUGAAUUGUCAAAGGGUGAUUAAUUUGGGUCCCUUAUCUAAGGAGGAAACUUGGACAUUGCUCAAAAAGCAUUCAAGCAUAGAUGAUGAUGAGUCAUCAUCUGACCUAGAAAACGUGGCACGUGAAGUUGCUAAUGAAUGUAAAGGGUUACCUGGUGCAAUUAAAGAUGUAGUGUAUUGUUUAAAAAGUAAAUCCAUUGAGGAGUGGAGAGCAUUAUUAGAUAGCAUGAGACAUUCAAUAGCAAGGAACCAAAUUUUUCUUAGUUUUAGAGGAGAAGAUACUCGUUACUCUUUUACAGGUUCUCUUUACCAUGCUUUGUGUUAUGGAGGGUUCAAGACUUUCAUGGAUGAAGAAUUGAGGAGUGGAGACCAAAUUUCACUAACUAUUCUUAAAGCAAUUGAGGAAUCAAGGCUUUCAAUUAUUGUUUUAUCUGAAAACUACGCAGAUUCCUCUUGGUGCCUUGAUGAACUUGUCAAGAUCCUCGAGUGCAUGAAGAUGUAUAAUCAAAUGGUUUGGCCAAUCUUUUACAAAGUGGAACCCUCGGACAUAAGGAUUCAGAAAAAUAGUUAUGGUAAAGCCUUGGAUAAACAUGUUAAAAGAUAUGGAAAUGAUUCUCAGAAAAUACAGAAAUGGAGAUCAGCUUUGUUUGAAAUUGCUAACUUGUCAGGAAAGACUUUCAAAACUGGGUAUGUAGUAUGCUUUCAAAUAAUUAUAUUUUUAUUAGACGUGUUAUUAUGUUGUUCAAGUUUUGGUCAGGCUUAAUUUUAUAUGCUUUUUUAAACUAAAUUAUGACUAAUAGGAAUAAGACAAGAAAUAUGUGCAUAAAAAAAUCAAUCAUAAUAUUUUCAUAUUUGCUUUUUAGCAUAUUACUUGUUACAUCUCCAUUUUUUCUCUACUUUGUAUUUUGCUCUUUCUUAUGUCUAUUUCACAUUUAGUAAGGGAUGGUGACAAUAUUGUUAUAAAUAAAUUGAAGACCUUGUAUUUUUGCAGGUACGAAUAUGAAUAUAAAUUUAUCCAAAAGAUCGUAGAAGAUGCCAAUAAUAUCAAAAGUCACUUGCAUAUACAAAUGACAGAUGUGGAUUAGAAGGAUCUCUCUUGUAGACAGCAGUAAGCGUCACACCAAUUAAUGUUGUAAUGUGAAGGGAAAUUGUUCUUAGACAUAAUAAUAGUUACUCGUAAAUAACAAAUUAGUUGGGGAAGAGUCUUUUGAAGGGAAUGUGAGCUCGUUUUUAGAAUAACCAAUUAAUAAUAGGAUAAAUAUUAGUGUAUACUUCAAUUUUUAAGCAU